AUGCUGCGUCCACCGAGAAGGUUGUCGUUCAUGCCAGUUUCGAGGACGCCCCACGUCGGCAUAUCGGUUCUGGCUGGCUACAAGUACAGCUCUGUGCACGUGGAGGUUCCCUCCGAUUAUGAGUUUGGCAUCGAUCACCAGGAGCUCAGUCACAUGUCACUAUGCCUUGCUCUUGGAAAGUCAUCGCUAACCUGCGUUAUCUUGCGUUCGAGCGAUUGCGCGUUGCUCCUGCAGGAAGCGAUUGUGAAAUUAGUUUAUUCUGACGCUACCCGCGAGUCUUGCGCAAGAGCAGACUACAACGUUCCCAUGGCUCUGACCCAAAACAGCUCCGUAGCAUCCACCCUCGGGCCAUCGCCUCUGGCUUCAGGGUCUGUGCUGAGUGUGCCAACUGCGGGCUCCAACGCGUUGCUUCGGGAGGUUCAGUGGCCGCACCUGACAUUUAUGCACGGUGGCUCAUACGAGUUGUGCUAUUCUCCGGACGGCUCGUUCGAAGGCGAUGAAUGGAAAAACAACAUUGUGCCAGUUCAAGUCAUAGUGGUCGGUGUGUCCUCCGAAUGCCUCUCAGAUGGCUGCUUGGCCAGGGAGCGCUGGGAUUGCUACCUUUUUUACGGAGGUGAGGACAUCAGCUCCUGCCGCAUUGACUUUCGGCUGUUUGGCGGAGGCCGGGAGGGCUGGUCCGUUCAGCUAGGCGGCGCGAGCCGCAUCAGUUGGUCCGAGAGCUGGGGCGACGACACCUAUGUUGCUGGCGAGUUCGUCCCAGCGACCCGCGUGGAGUGCUCCAACGUGAUCACGGGGCAAAGCAUCCAACCGGAGACCCAGCUCUUCCAGUCCUUCUCCUGGGCACCCCCUUCGGGCUCCGGGCUCAACGCAGACGCGUCGACGGCAGCCACGCUGCCGGGCCUGAAGCCGGAGUUUGCCACCAAGAGCUUCACCCUCACUGCAUGUUACUGUCCCAACUACGAUGGCCCUGACCCCACAACGGAUGCCUGUGACGAUGCAGGUGAGUUUAUCCAGCCAAUCGGUGUAGUCUAUUACUGGAUGAUUCGUAUUUGCGAUAUUGACACAUACGCGUCGUGUGGCUCAUCAAGCAAUCCACCCUUCAUGCGAGUUCUUCCCCAGCAGCCUUUUGUAUUGAGAGUCGAGUGCCCUCCUGGGGGCACGUCCUGCUCGCCUACCAACAAUAAUCGCCUCAAACUCCUACCUGGAAUUCCACCUGCAGGUCCGGAUGGCAUCGUACGGAUCGAGGUGCCGGAGAGGGCCAUCUGGGAGCCACAGUCGCGGUGCAAAAUCGAGACCAGCAUGACGGGUGAUAUUGGUUGGUUCCCGCCCUUGGAGUUCGAUGAUUUCGGCCUUCUCAUAGGCGGUGAUGCGUACCUUCGGGGUGGUGACCGUCGUGACUACAAAUUCUGGGCAAAUCCAGCAAUGAUGGGACUCAUGCCGAUGGCGAGCAAGGUGGAAGUCUGCUACUGUGAUGAAAACUGCGGGAACUCCUUCAACUAUUUCAAGGUGGGCGAAAUACGGGCGGCGGAGUCAGCAGGGAUUGCACGCUGGACUAAGCCGCCGAACCAGGGAGGCCUUAUCCAGGAGAUCGAGUCACUUCAAUAUGUGACCAAGCAAGGGGCCUUGACGCUAUACGGAGGCAUCCAGUCCGACUUUGCAGAUGGAAUGCACCCGUACGACAGCAUACCUUGGCGAAAGAAGACGACGCUGAAACUCGUUCCCUUUGACAACUGGGCAGCCUACACGGACGCGAGCGGGGGCCAGGUAACACUUGAGCGGUCCCUCAAUCUUGACCGCGUUGACACAGAGGAGAGCCGCCAAGCUUUGAACGAUGCUUGCGUCAACGGCACCUUCAAUGCCGAGUACUACAAUGGGCCCAGUUCAGCUGAUCUGGCGAGGGAGUUUCUCGCCUGGGUUGAACCUGGCCCCUCGAACUACUUGCCCUUCAGUGGUGUCGAGAAUGACCAGAGCUUCAACGCAUGGAAAUCUGGCAUUUUUCUUGUGUGCUACUGUGCGAUGCUUGAUGCCGAAGACUUGUGUCAGAGCCCCGUCUACUAUAUCAACGCAGCGCGUCUGAUGUUUCGGGGUCCUAUGACCGAUAUACAGCUUGACCUGCCUUCCAAUUUCGUGGUGCGUAUCGAUCUAGAAGGCUGGGGCUUCUCAGAUACAGACUCCAUCCGUCUUAUCAGCAUGACACAAACCUGCAGAGAGAAUGCAAACGACCCUCGCGGGGUUGAUGUCUACCGGCUCGGAUGCCCUGGAUUUAACAGCUCAAGCUGCCGCAAGCCCGAUGUGAAAGAAGACAUUCCUGUUCAUGUGAUUUCAGCUGAUCGCACGGGGGUUUACAUCACGGACAUCUCCAUAGGAGAUUCUCAGUCCAUACUGACCUUCAGUGGCGACAUCACUGCCGAACUGUUAGAUGGUGAUGCAAUCACCAUAGAUGAGUCGUCCAUCAUUUUGAAUAACAAGAACCAUACCACCUGGACCAUUGCUGAACAGCACGUGGUGUCAAAGCUGUCUGGCUUCUACGGCUAUGCUGAUGAGCCCAGUGUCAAACGGAUGCUUUGGAAUCGGGUGUCCUACGUUUCAGGAGAGACCAACAAGUUGAGUAUACCUGUGGGUUGGGUCAGCAACACGGAAGAUGGCAGUGAUAUCCCGCAGUUCAGAUUCGUUCAAAACAAGGGCCGUUGGGCUCGUCGCAAUCGGCUCCAGACGAAGGAAGAGAUCAAAGUUGACUUCGCAGCAAUGGUGAAGAUAUGUUGGGGAGCGUUUGAUGAGGGUCGCCAACAAUACUACGGAGAAGCGGGAGUCCUGCAGUUUUCCAGUCCCACCUUCAUGGCAGAUGCAGGAGUGUAUCUGACAACAAGAUUGCAAGGAGGAGUAGGUCAGGCGGUCUUGUCAUUUUCCCCUUCAACUGGAACAACUUUUUACAAAGCUUUCCACACCCCUUUGGUUGUCAGGCUUCUUUUCAAAGAGGUGGACUUCAUGCUGGAGCCCCUCCUUGCGGGAGCGAUUGAAAAGCCGGAAGAGCUUGAGGCCAUGCCGGAAGACUUUCAAGUGGCUAUGGAGAAUGCAACGCAAGCGAUUUGUGGGCAGCUUUUCACGGAGAUGUGGACCAACGAUGACUCAGGCUUUCCUCUUCCGCGUGGAUGCUACUAUGGACCGCUCUACACAGAUGUGGUUGCUGACAAUGAGCCAGCACGCCCGUCCUACAGGGAAUACUUCAUCAUAUUUGAACCAAAGGCCGGUCUCAAGGACGUCUGUACCCUCAAUGACCAGUUCGGGUCGAGGACGGCACCCUGUGUCUACCAGCUGGCAUUCAAUGCACGUGCGGGUGAAAUUGGCAUGGUAAACCCCCGGGAAGUUAUUGGCAUCUACACGCAGUGCGCUGGCAAAUCUGGAUCAGCAACGGUAUGUGGCCCGCGCUACAGCGUACUAGAGUACGGCCCAGCUUACGCGACUGCUUCAACAAUGCUGCCAGAGGAAAAUCAUACUCAGCUGGAUCGUGUUGAAAUGCUUCCUUGGCCUCAAGCUCGCUUGUUGAGCUCGCUGGGUCUUCGGGCACUGAGCAAGGAGGCCGCCGAGGAGGUGCUGGAGCUUCAGCCCACGCUGACCAACGAGGAUGGUGGUGUUGUUGAGGAGUUCGUGCAAUUUGGAAUCCGCGCUUGGCCAAAGGAUCCGGCUUGGCCAAUUGAGCGCUCUGGGCAGCUGCACCUCUUCUUUCGCCCGUUUACGCUUUGGGAUGUUUCUGGCAUCGCCUUCUGCGAAGCCAAUUGUGUGCCCAUCUCUGGCGUUUCGUGUAGUGAUGGUCGGGGCCGUGAAUCCGCGGAUUGCCAGGUGAGACCGAUUGUCAGGACCCCCUUUGAAAACGUCGUCCCCAUGCAGCGGAACACUGUGACCCUCUCGUAUCCUGCCCAGAUGGAGGCAGUACCCGAAGAGCGUGGGGACGAGGCUCACUUGUUGAACGUUUCGGAGCUCAGACUUCCUCGAGAUGGCUUCUUCACCCUGCAGAUGUUGGCAGAAUAUCUCGACAGCAAUGGUCUGAAUCCCUCCACGGCAUUUGUGUCUCCCUCGAUGCGAAGGAUCCCAGUUGCUGGCACUACAACUGGACGCAUCGUGGUAGACGGUCAGACCGGAAACGGUCCUCGUCCUUUUGCUUUCGAACGGCAGAAUGUGCUGAUUGUGCGACUCAUGAUUGGAGUUACGCUACGAAGCCCCGCAGAAGAUGAGCGUCUGGAUACGGAUACGGAGCUUGAUGAGGACAACGCGACCGAGGGGUCCUUUAGGACAGCUCCUCGUCCCAUGGUGCAGAUUCUUUUGCCUCCAGACUAUACGUGCAGUGUGGUUGGAAAUGGCACAGCUGACCCUGAUGGGACCUUGGACAUGUUUCUCCGAGAUCUAAAUGGAGAUGGUUAUGUGGACAACCCUAUGGGCACAAUACUCAGCGGAAGUUGGUCCGAUGAAGGGCCAGUUUGCUCUUUCACUUUGGAGAACUGGGCUGCAGUGUUCGCCAGACAGAUCUUUUAUGUUCGCCUUUCCGUUAACAACCCUCGACAGGCUCUGAUGCGCACCGACCCCACAAACUUGUGGCAAAUCAAGCUCUCUGGUGCAAAUGCUACAUUGCUGGGCGGCUUGGUCAACUUCAUCUCCCUGGCAGAGGAGGCGGAUUUGCCUGGUUGGGUUGGCAACUUGGCAGUUCUCACUCCUCUUGAAGGAGAGUCCUUGCAACCGUCCAACCUUUCUGCUGGAGCCACGAACGAGCUCAGCGUCUUCUUCCAGGUAAUCCAUGCGAUGCCCUCAUUGUCUUACAUAUUGCUAGACGCACCAGAUGGCUUCGAUUUCACGGACAAUUGCAGCGUUGGCAAUCUGGAAGACUCGUACUAUGCAGAUUGGGAUGGACUUCCAUGGGGCGAGACAGUGUUGGGACCUCAAGCGCUGACAAGCAGUCUUGGCCUGGAGGUCAACUGCACCACUGACAACUGGAAACGGAGUGUACUUUCGCCUCCGGCCACUGAAAAUUUUACAAGGGCAAUCUUGAGGGUUGGUCGCACGCUAAUCUCCAAUAAGUACUAUGCCUUCAAGGUCCGUGUCAUCAACGCAGUUUUGUGGGAUGCAUCUCACCAUGACGACUGGCGAAUCUGGGUUCAAAGUCCCGAGGGCUACAUGGUUGAUGGCUCAAAAUAUACAGUUCAGUUCAAUUCUGCACGCAUUGACACACUUCCGCAAGACUACUGGGACAGGAGCUGGGGCGUGUAUCAGGAUCCUAUGCCGUUGCCGCUGUCGCUCGAUUUCGGGCGAAGUCUUCUGCUUCCAACAUCUGUCUUUGACAUGAGCACAUUGGUGACGGUAUACCCUCUGACUCCAAGCAGUGAUGGUCAGCUUAUCAAUGUCCGUAUGCUUGCUCCAGUUGGCUACGUCUGGGUUCCACAUGUCGCAGAAGGUUGGAGAGGGUAUGUUCCCAACGUCACAUGCGAGUUCUGCGAGCUCAUUGUAACUCCGCAAGUCAGGUUGUUCAACGAACUCAUAUUGCCUGAUCUUGUUAUGCGGCUGGGGCAUCUCUAUGGCUUUCAAGUACGUAUCCGCGUUCCGGAAAGACCGCCCACCCGGUCGUUGAAUGCGUUUUACUUGGAGAUGGGCUUCGAUCCUGGCAAUUUCAACUUGGAUCGAAUGCAAGCCAGCAUGGUUCCGGCUCCACAGCUGCGGGUCGUUUCCAGGGCAAGUGCGAACUCUCUUUGCAACCUCGCGGGAUAUGCGGACAACAUCAUCGAAUUUCAUGUGCACACUGCAUCUCCGCUUGAGGUGAAUUCGGGCUUCCUCUUUGCGGGGGAUGAACUGACAAGAGGUACCUUACUUCGCUGUUGGCCUGAGAUCCUUUCCGGGCCAGUUCUGGAUGCCACGAACGGCAUUUGCAGCGUGACGGAGAACAUUGUCACAGCUCUGCCUGAAAUUCUGCUGUAUAUUGUUCGUGGCACUUCCCCGGCAGGCAUGCGAAUAUUCCGCUUCCGUCGAAGUCGCAAUCCUUUGCAGCCCACGCUCCAAGGUGGAACAUGGAAUUUUGGUACAUAUUCAGACUUGCAUCUCUACCCCAAACACAAAGUGCUGGACCUGGGCAAGGACAUUCCAGUGCCUCGCGUUCUUGCUCCUUUGCUCGAUUCCGGUCUACUGCAGCCGCCAGUUUAUGAGGCGCCUGGCUACGGGCGCGAUGACGGGCCGCUUCGCCUCAACUUGCUCACCUUCUUCUUCAAGGUCCAGGAGCAUCCUGAAGUUCCAGAGAGCGUCCCGCAUCUUUACAUUGCACUGCGUGGGCCUGCAGGCUUUGCCUUCAAAGAGAACUGCUUUGAGGGCCUUGAGGCUUUGAGCCCGAGCAGCUCUCGACAUCCUUGCAACGCAGCCCAGUUUCCUACACAGACAUGGUGCCCAGGCAUCAUUGAACCUUGGCCAGCAAACCUGGAACCUGCGGCCUGCCUGGGGAUUCAGAGCAGUGCACGGAUUUCGGUGCCAAACCCAUUGGUUUUGCAAGCUGCAGCACCUGUUGGGACAACAGUUCCUGCUUUUGAGGACAACAGUAUGUAUGCAUUCACCAUUCAGGUCCAGAAUCCCGAGUUUCAGAUAGAAGUGGGGAGCCAGUGGGCACUGGAUUUUGUGUAUGAGGCAGGUGCGCCUUUCGACUCACUGCCAGUGGCAACUUUCGAUCACGAAGAAACUGCGCUACAUCUGGCAUCACCGCUGAAUGUGCAACCUUUGCUUCAGACCAUAGAGCAGCAGUACAUGCCAUUUCGUUUGGAUUUCAAACCCUACACGAUGAUUCCAGGGCCCAGGAUGCCAAGGAACCGGCGUUUGCAGCCACUCGGCGGCGGCGUCGCGCCGCUGGAGCCAGAUGCAGAGGAGGGCAGCCUCGUACUGCUUGCCGCACCCGGCUUCCAGUUUCGAGCCGGUGAUUUCGAACUGUGUGUUGAGAUCUCGGUGGAACGCAAGGACCGACUCUUGUGGGACACAACUGCUGUAUUCGGCUUCAGUGAUGCCACGUGCUUUAUCACUGGAGACAAUUUGGCCAAUAUGACGUACACCUUGAUCAACGCCAAGGCCCUUGAGCCCUUGGUGACAUACUCCUUGAAAUCUGUCGUCAAGAACAUAGAUGUACCAACAUGGCCAAACUCAAACGUGUGGCUCUUGGAGUCCUUCAAAAGGUUCAUGGCAACUGGCCAAAGCAUUCGGCUGGACAGCUACAGUGUUCCAGGCACGCCGACGAUUGCGCCGUCACCAGAGUUUACAGUCAUGAAUACCGCGCAGGAGUUCACUGCAGGAGUGCGAACUCCACACAUCAAUAUGUCCAUGAUCUUCAACUCGGUGCUGCGAAAUGGUGACGUGAUAGUCAUCAUGCCCCCACCAGGCUUCGACCUUCGUGCCCCAGAGGGCGGAUGCCGAGACUUCCAAUGGAUCGGAACCUUUCGGCCACUUGUUUUGUCACCCCCUCCGGACUGCAAUUGUACGAUGGCAGCUAAUUUAGAGGCUCUACAGUGCAAGCUCGAAAUGCACGUCAUGGAGAGCAACCAAUUUCGUGGCAUCGCUCUGGGCGAGCAGGUGAGAGUUGCCUUUCAAAUGAGCGUUUUGAACCCCACGAAGAUGCCAGACAGCGUGGAGGAUUACUGGAGGAUGGAGCUCUGGCAAGGCAGCAUUCCGCCAUAUCCUUUCAGUGGAGGUCUCGUUGAGAGCUGGCCGGUGUAUGGAACCUUGGACAACUUGACAAUCUCUUUGGUGGGCUUUGAGAGACGCGCGGGUGCCAUGAGCGAUUUACAGUUCGAUUUCAUUCCAAGUGUGUGGGGCACAGCAUUAGACAUUGUGGUCCACGAACCCACGGGCUUCCAGUUCCAGAAUGCUCGCGUCAACGCUCCCUGGAUUCGACAUGAGCUGACAACAGGCAGCCGGCUGGUUCUCAUCGGUGGCACGCUUGUACCGGGACAGCCGUCCCAGCUGACUCUCUCACUUGUUCGGCUCGGUGAUGGAGGUGGGCCCACGAGAAUAAGCAUUCGAGCGUAUGCAGAUUCACAGCUGUUGCGCGAGACAGCAAGGAGAAUCAACUUCCUGCAGGGCUUUCGGCUGCCCGGCGCCGUCCUCGCUGAAAACCUGCGCCUCUGGAGCGAGACGGUGGUGGAGCAUUGGUCUGGUCAGCAAGCUGACUCUGUCAGCCCGCUGCUGCCAUGCCACACGAAUACGCUGGCGCGGUUCGAGAUUUUCAUCCGAUUGAGCAACAUCAUGUUGCAGGGAGAUGCGCUGAUCAUCACGAACACAGUGCCGUUUGGACAAGCACCGUGGGAGCCCAGUACCGAAACUGGUUAUGAAUCAACAUUGGAGAUGUGCUUGGGCCAGCACGGAGGCGUCGCUGAAAAUGGCACGUGGGCCUGCAACCGCGUCUCAGAAGUCAACGUGACAAGCCAGACAGUCAUUCGCAACAGUGUCGGCAUAGUCAUCGGAAUGCGCUUGACAAUCGGCGCGAUGAGACCAGAGCAUGUGCUCAGCCAGGCGUCCCUGGAUCUGGUGAUGAAUAGCCUGAAGCUUGAAGGAGAUCUUGAGUACCGAGAACUGGCUCUGGAGGCCAAUAGAGAUUACCGGCUGCGUAUGUGGCUUCGUGCAUCUGCUGCACCGACGAUGUGGAGCAUUCUGACAGAAGACGCACUUGGAUUUCUGUCCAAUACGAACGAUGGUUUGACGCCGGGAGCCAUUGCUGUUCCGGAAAUGGUUCUGACUGCAACUUCCAGUGUGAGCCGCGUCCCACCAGAAUCUGCGGUGAAUGUGCGAGUUCACGUACGGACGGGUCCAUCGCAGGGGCCAUUCAGCAAACUUCAGCUGCUUCUGCCUUAUGGCUUUGCGCCCUAUGGGGCUUCGGCCUCUGCCACCUCUCGGCUAAUCGUCGGGCUGAGCAUUGAGCAGGGCGAGGGCGCGCUGGACCAAACUACCGGCAUGACGUUCAACCUGCGGAUAAUGACACCGCCUACUGACGUACCUGAUUUGCGGUGGUUUGUGCUGGCCAAAGAGGUUCUUGUUGACGACAUCACGGGGGUCACAGCAGAGCCCAUAAAUGGUUGGGCCGAAGCUGCUGGAUUCGGUGUCGCACCUUGCCCCGUCUCGCUCAUGUACGGCGCGAUUCCCAGCGCAACGGGAUGGCUGGCAGUGUCGUUCUACGUCCCGGCCAUGGUUGCAGGCAAGUUUGCCUUGAUCACUGCACCAGACACCUUCCUGGUGCAAUGUCCGAAGGUAGAAGAGACCGGCUUGGAGUUGGCCUGCGAAGACUUCCGCGUCCGUGAAGCCCUCCCACAGUAUCUCCAAACACUGCAGAGGACUGUGAAUGUCACACUGGAGGGAGGCACCCAAGAAGGGGACAACGUGCUGUACAUGUUCUUGCUCAACGUCUUGACCCCCGAAGUGCCCAAUAUCUUCGAUUUCUGGCAGAUCCGGGUGUUGGACCCUGGCUUUGCGGUGGUGGAUGCGGCCUUGGCGGUGCAACAGCCUCGCUUCGUGCAGGAUCUGGAAAUGGGCAAUCCAUCCCUUUCUUGGAUGCAGUCGCCGCAGAUGGGCGAGGUCUCCAAUGUGCAGGUGGAGGUGAGUUUUCUACGCCGGGUCAAGGACGUGAAGGCCAUCUUGGUGUCCCUGCCUGAGAAUUACCGACAUGACAUUCAGCACAAGAACCAGUUAAGGAACGUCAACAAGCAGUUUCCGCUCACCAUUGAUACGGAAUGGCGGGUUUUUGACAAUUUGAGGUACAUCAAGGUCUUGGUGGAAGUUGCAGAGACAGGCGAGGCGCAGAUUAUCAUAGCUGGCACGUACCAAUGGCAAUUUCCGGUCAUGGUUCCCUUGAUCAAGCCUUUUGCCAGUGAGUGGUAUGUCAGCUUAUGCUCAGAGCAAACUUGCACAGAGGUCGGAGAUCCUGGAAUCAUGGUCUCUUUUCCAGUGCCCAACAACGAGCCACAGAUGCCAGCCAAAGUGUUUCAGGUGGUGUCAACAACGGGGGCCAGCUCUCGCAGUCGCAUCUCCUGCAUGAUCCUGGUGAUAUUAUUCCUAACCAUAGUGCCGCAGAAGAUCGCGCAAUAG